CCCAUCUUGCCCCCCUUCCUGGGGGCAGGAAAAUCGGCCAUGGCCCCUCCAGCCUGGGGUGGAGGGGGCCGCGCCUUUAAGGGAUUGAACGGCCCUUAACGUGCCCGCCGAGGGCACAGUAUAGCGUGUCUAUAUAUGUCUCUCUGUCCCGCCCAGUCCUGCCGUCCCCUCCCCUCCCGCAGGAUCCGUCCCCGGUUGGGCGGGGCGGGGCGGGCUGUGCGGUGCGGCCUGCACUUCCGCCUUUUUUUGCUCCCUCUCCGGCCCGUCCGUCAUCCGUCCAUCAUCCGUGGGUCCUCCCCCCACCGUCCAUCACCCGGCCGGCCUCCCCCCACCCCCGCAGACGGCGAUGGAGGAAGGCGAGGGGUCGUUGCGGGGCCCCCCGCAGCCCCCGGGACCAUCCGCCAGCCCAAACGACAAACCCUCUCCCACCGUGACGACCGACGCUAUGGAGAUCGACGAUGCUCUGUAUAGUCGGCAAAGGUAUGUUCUUGGAGACAUGGCGAUGCAGAAGAUGGCCAGGUCUCAUGUCUUCCUCAGCGGAAUGGGUGGCCUCGGAGUAGAAAUUGCUAAGAACAUAGUUCUCGCGGGAAUCAAGGCACUGACGGUUCACGACACCAAGCAGUGCCAAGCCUGGGAUCUGGGAAGCAACUUCUUUCUCCACGAAGACGACGUUAGGAAUCUAAGGAACAGGGCGGAGGCCACGCUCCCUCACGUUGCCGAGCUGAAUCCGUACGUCCUGGUCACGUCGUCCUCGGCGCCUUUGGACGAAGCCACGGACCUCUCCUUCCUCAGGCAGUAUCAGUGUGUGGUGUUGACUGAGAUGAGGCUUUCGCUCCAGAAGAAGAUCAAUGACUUUUGCCACGCUCAGCAGCCUCCUAUUAAGUUUAUCAGUGCAGAUGUGCAUGGGAUUUGGUCCCGUUUGUUUUGUGACUUCGGCGAUGAGUUUGAAGUGCUGGAUUCAACGGGAGAAGAACCAAAGGAAAUCUUCGUUUCCAACGUUACUCAGGCAAAUCCCGGCAUCGUGACUUGCCUCGAAAACCACCCCCACAAGCUGGAAACAGGACAGUUUGUAACCUUCCGGGAAAUUAAUGGGAUGACUGCGUUAAAUGGGUCUACGCAACAAAUAACAGUGGUGUCGCCAUUUUCUUUCAGUAUUGGCGACACAACAGAGAUGGCUCCCUACCUGUAUGGCGGCAUAGCCGUCCAAGUGAAGAGAUCGAAAACCUUUCACUUCGAACGGUUGGAGAAGCAGCUGACGGAUCCAACUUACCUUCUCGCCGACUUCAGCAAACCGGAGGCCCCGCUGCAGAUUCACAGCGCCAUGCUAGCCCUGGACCGAUUCCAGGAGAGGUACGGCCGCAAGCCCAACGUCGGGUGCCGUCAAGAUUCGGAAGAGAUGUUGAAACUGGCAGCAUCCAUAAGCGAAACCGUGGAAGGAAAGCCGGAGGUGGACGACGACAUCGUGAAUUGGCUCUCUUGGACGGCCCAAGGUUUCUUAGCCCCCCUGGCCGCCGCUGUGGGGGGCGUGGCCAGCCAGGAAGUCUUGAAGGCCGUCACGGGCAAGUUUUCACCCUUGCGCCAGUGGUUGUUUAUCGAGGCAUCGGACAUCGUGGACUCCCUAGACAACCCGAGCAGGGACGACUUCCUCCCCCGAGGAGAUCGCUACGACGCCCUCCGAGCCUGCAUCGGCGACUCGUUGUGUCAGAAGCUGCACAGUCUAAACGUCUUCUUGGUCGGCUGUGGCGCCAUAGGUUGUGAGAUGUUAAAGAACUUCGCCCUCCUGGGAGUCGGCACCGGCAAAGGGCGAGGCCUGGUGACCAUUACGGAUCCCGACCUGAUAGAAAAGUCCAACUUGAACAGGCAGUUUCUCUUUCGGCCCCAUCACAUACAGAAACCGAAAAGCUGCACCGCCGCCGCCGCCACGCUGAACAUCAACGCUCAGCUGAAGAUCGAACCGCACCUCAGCAAGGUCUGCCCGCUCACCGAGGCCCUCUACAACGACGAGUUCUACACGCGGCAGGACGUCGUGGUGACGGCCCUGGACAACGUGGAGGCCAGGAGAUACGUGGACAGCCGCUGCGUAGCAAACCUGCGCCCCCUCUUAGAUUCUGGAACAAUGGGCACAAAAGGACACACGGAGGUGAUCGUGCCUCACCUGACAGAGUCCUACAACAGCCACCGAGAUCCCCCAGAAGAAGAAAUACCUUUUUGCACUUUAAAAUCUUUUCCAGCUGCUAUAGAACAUACUAUCCAGUGGGCGAGAGACAAGUUUGAAAGUUUGUUUUCCCACAAGCCCUCCUUGUUUAACAAAUUUUGGCAAACGUACUCAUCUGCGAAAGAGGUGUUACAGAGGAUAGAAUCCGGAGAGAGUCUGGAAGGCUGCUUUCAGGUGAUUAAAUCGCUUCACAGAAGACCCAGAAACUGGCCCCAGUGCGUGGAGUUAGCAAGAAUGAAAUUUGAAAAGUAUUUUAAUCAUAAGGCUCUUCAGCUGCUUUACUGCUUUCCUCUGAACACCCGGUUAAAAGACGGCAGUUUGUUCUGGCAGUCCCCGAAGAGACCACCCUCGCCGAUAACGUUUGAGUUGAACGAUCCGUUGCACUUCAGCUUCAUCCAGAACACAGCCAGGCUGUUGGCCACCGUCUACUGCAUCCCGUGCACGGAAAAGGACCUGUCCAUGGAAACUUUGGCCACCAUCCUCUCCUCGGUACCGAUACAGGAGUUCAGACCAUCGAACAAGGUUGUGCAAACCGACGAGACGGCGAGGAAGCCCGACCAGGCUCCGGUGAGCAGCGAGGACGAGAGGGUGGCCAUCUUCCAGCUGAAGAAAGCCAUCGCCGCCAAAGAGGCUACCAAAAACGACCUGCAGAUGAAGGUGCUCUCUUUCGAAAAAGACGACGACAGGAACGGGCACAUCGAUUUCAUCACGGCGGCGUCCAACCUCCGAGCCAAGAUGUACAGCAUCGAGCCGGCCACCCGCCUCAAAACCAAGCGCAUCGCCGGCAAGAUCAUCCCCGCCAUCGCCACGGCCACGGCCGCCGUGUCCGGCUUGGUGGCCCUGGAGUUGAUCAAGGUGGCAGGGGGCCACCCUUUCGAAGCGUACAAGAACUGCUUCCUCAACUUAGCCAUUCCCAUCAUCGUGUUUUCCGAGACCACGGAAGUCAGGAAAACGGCCAUCAGGAACGGAAUCUCGUUCACCAUCUGGGACAGGUGGACCAUCUGUGGCAAAGAAGAUUUCACCCUCUCGGAUUUCAUCAACGCCGUCAGGGAGAAGUACGGGAUCGAGCCGACGAUGGUCGUGCAAGGCGUCAAGAUGCUGUAUGUGCCCGUCAUGCCGGGACACAUCAAAAGGUUGAAGCUGACGAUGCACAAGCUCGUGAAACCGUCAUCCGAUAAGAAGUACGUGGAUCUGACCGUGUCGUUCGCCCCGGAAACGGACGGGGAGGAAGAUCUACCCGGUCCCCCCGUGAGAUACUACUUCGGCCAAGGGAACGUCUGACCGUCAGCCUCCCGCCGGCGGCCCCCCCGGGACCGGACCCCGGCCGCGGCAACGGAACGGCCGCCGCGCGGUAUUAUGUAUCGCCCUUGGGUGAAGCCUUAACUUAAAACGAAAACAAAAAAAAACGACCCGCAGAAGUCGGCGGUGAACCUCGCCGGAGAGCCGUCCGACAGCCCCCCGCCCGGUCGAUCUUCAGAGUCCCUCCGUUCUGUUUAUUUGCGCGUUUAUCUGUCAUCCCCCGCCCUCCCCCGUCUCCGGAAUCGUAGGGAUGUGAAGCGGCCACCCGGUGGUAUUCGAGGUAGCCGAGAUGUCGGGGUUGCCCCGGGGAGGGGGAAGGGGAGACGUUUUGAUCCGUGGCUCAGAGGCCGGCGGGGCAGGGGCGGGAGCGAGGGGCCAGGCGCCCGCGCGGUGGGUGGACGGGGAGGAGGAGCUGCCCGGGGGCCGCGUGCGGGGUCCGGGGCCCCGCCUUCCGGCACCCUUUCUCGGCCCCUCCGAGGGUGUGGCUCCGCGGGUCGGAUGCCGGUGUCCGGGGGGAGUUCGUCGCCCCCUCACCUCGGGACCUUCGUCUCAAGCCACCCCCGUCGGCGGCUGCCGCCUCCUCGUCCCCGGAGCUUCAGCCCCGAAGCCCACCCGUCGCUGCCCCGGAAGCGCCGCGACUAUUCUGGGCCUUGCCUCUGAGCCUCGGACUCGGACAGGCCCGACCUCCCGAGCCGCCGCAUUCGCUCCUGUCUGGGGUUGGGCCCGUAGCCCAGGUCCAGCCUGCCCCCCUCACGGCCCGCCGGGUCGGCCUGCCCCUUUAAAGGCGGCGCCCGUUUCCUCUCCCCUCGCCCCCGCCAGAGGCCCGUCGGGCUCCGCCUCGGACGCCGGGGAGGAAGGGCGAGCCGGGCGCGGGCAGAAGCGGCGGGGUUGAAGUCGGUCGGGUCACGGGACAGACAGGCUGACGAAAUACUUUCCACGCACCGUUUCGAAAAGACGAUCGUUUCCGCCCCCGCCGCUUCCUCUCCUCCUUCCCCCCGAAAGAUAAAGCCCCCGUACGCUCAACGUCGUUUUAAGCUUUGGGAUGCCAGACGAAUCGCGCCAAGCGAGGAGGUGUCUUCGAAGUGGACGCCGAAUCGUCUCGGCAGGGAAUAGUCAGGCGUCGCUGGUAAAUCGUUACCUCGGGAUCGUCGUGCAGGCUGAGGGGACCGGCGGGGUGGACCGGGAGAGGACAGGUCGGAGGGGUCGGCUCUCUUUCUCUCCCCGCGCGGACGGACGGGCGGGCGGGUGGCCGUAGAGACGCCGAAGAUGCGUCGGGGGUGGAUGCCGCGUCAGAACGCGGCCCGCCGGGUCCGAGGACUUCCCCGUUUUAAGAUUUGUGUGCGUAUUUUUUUAUACACGUGACCCUUUAUUUAUAGAGAAGUACGUUGAUUUCGUUCGCGUCCGGCCGCCGGGUCGACCCCCAAACUCCGGCUUCGUGUCGCUCCGGCGUUGGCUCCUCCGAGACGUCGAUUCCGUGAAAGGGUGCGGGAAGAGACCCGAGGGAGCUGGCGCCGAGGGCGCCGGUAGGGAAGGGGGCUGGGGCCCGGGCGCCCCCGAAGGGACGCCGACCUUCGCUACCGUUCUCCGACGCCUCUCCCCCCCGGCGUCGCCGGACGUCCCGGUGUGAAUCCCGAGCUUCCCGUGACCCUCGACCUUUCGUACGAACGUGUUUCCCGGGAGGCGGGGGCACCCAAAGCACUGUGACUCGAAAUAAAGCCGAGGGGCCGGCGACAAUAAAAUGAAAUUUGCGUAACCGGCCCCUCGCCCCCGCCCCCGGCCGGCUUAUCUCCGGGACGAUCCCGAGGGUCUCCCGUCCCGGGGGAUGGGGACCGGUACCGCCUCCCGGGCCUGGAUCCGUCCUCUCCACCCCCCUCACCCUCCGCCCCCUCGCCGGCUCGAAUCCCAGAGGGACAGACGCGAGCCGGGGUUCGCGCCGGGAAGUGGGAAGUCCUCCGGUCUGCGUCACUGUUCGGGAAUUCAGAACUCUCUCCCCCCACCCCCCCCAAACACGUUAAGGUGAUCGGUGCCACGCAGGCGUAAGCGCGAAGCCCUGGCACGGCGGCGGGCGUCUACGAAGCCCAGCAGGGCCGCGACGGUGGACGACGCCCGGCGGCCCCGGAGCCAAGAGCAGCCGAGGGAAACCGGAGACCGGUCGAACGAUCGGUGGUAUUUAUCGAGUGCUGACCGUGCUGAGCCCCGUACUGAGCGCUUGGGAGAGUACAGUAGAGAAAGCGGGCCGAUUCCCGCCCUCUAGGACCUUACAGUCCCAGCGGCCGGUUUGGCAGCAGCCGAUAGUCAAAUGGCACCGGCCCUCGAUCCCGUCGAGGCUUCGGAUCCUCCCGCAAGGCGCCGGCCUGGCGUCCGCUCGACGAGGGGCUACGUCCGUCCCGUGAUCUCGGCGGAACCGCGUCCGUCUUCUCUGGGAACGGUGGCGGCUUCAGGUGAAUCCUUUCUCCCCGAUGGCGACGGGUUGAGAUUCCGGGGACCCCUCUAGUGUCCGUGUGCGCAUCUCUGUAAGUUGAUCCACCCACAGCACUGACCGAGAUACCCGAUGAAAAGAGACGUUUCUUGGUCGUUUGUACAAGCGCCAUUAGGUCAGAAGAAGAAUUAAUUUUUUUACCGAUUAAACGUGAUGAAAACGCCGA